AUGAAGAAAUGGGGCAGCCAUCGAAGAUUAAGAGGAUACGAUAAAAAAAGGAUUCUUGAUGUCGAGACUACUCUCUUGAGACACAAUGCCUCUUUAAAUGAGGUUACUAUAUAUGAAAAGGCUUACAGUUGCUCGGUUGAUUUUAUAACGUCUGACCACAGGAAUGCAACAUCAAAGGUCAUAUGUGACUAUAUACUAGAGCUUGUGCGUGACUCUAGUAAUGUAAUCACACCAAACUUUAUGGUAGAUGAAAUGAGAAGGAAAUAUGGAACAAUCAUAUCCUACACCAAAGGAUGGUUUCAAUAUGCAUUUUUUUCUUAUGGCGCUUCAAUCAUUGGAUGGACCAACUGUAGACCAAUAAUAAUGGUAGAUACAACAUUUUUGAAGUCAAAAUAUCGUGGUGUACUAAUGAUAGCAGUGUCAGAGGAUGGCAAAAAUGACAUAUUUCCUUUGGCUUUUGGAAUUGCAGACUCAAAAAAUAAUGAGUCUUAUAACUGGUUCUUCAAUCAGUUAAGAAAUACAAUUAGGUUACGUGAACAAUUAUCUAUUCUAUCAGAUCGUCACCCAGCCAUUAUAAAUACAAUUAUAAAUAUCUAUCUAGAGUGUCAGCAUGGGAUAUGCAUCUAUCACAUGGAGAAGAAUUUAAGAAAAAGAUACUUCUCAGAUAUGGUUCUAUCACUCUUCUACAACACAGCAACAACAUACAAACAAACUAAAUUUUAUACUUUUGUGGAUGAGAUAGAAAAAGUCGACAAAGUUGCUGCAGAGUACUUGAAAAAAGAAGAACCAGAAAGAUGGGCUCAUUCGUUUCAUACCAACAGAAGGUAUAAUAUGCUUACAACUAACAACGUGGAGUCCAUGAAUGCGGUACUGAGAAAAUCAAGGCAGCUGCCAAUACUGGGACUGAUCGAUUACAUUCAGAACAAGUUACAAAGUUGA